AUGCUUAACAUUGACAAAAACGACUAUAUUUAUAAGAUUUAUAAUAAAUCUUUAGAUCUUUAUAGAUAUGGAAAUGAAAUAAAUAAAGAAAGAAAUUUAGACAGCAUUGAGUUUGGGGAUUCUAAAAAUUACAAUAAGUGGGAUAGAAUAGAUUACAAAUGUGAAAAUGAAGCAAAGAAAUAUUGUAAAUCUAUCUAUCAAAAUCUUAAAUAGCUGAAAGCACAUGAUGUUUAUAUAUUUGAAGAACAUUCUGAUAGUGAAAACAAAGCAUUAACUUAGCAGUAGAAUUAUAUUGCUUAUGAAAGAAGAGAAUAACUCCAAAGUAUUAUCGAUUAAAUUAUGGAUUAUCAAGUUAAGAAUAACAUUGUUGAUUAUCACCCUAAUGUCAAUAGUAUUAGUGGUGAAAUUAAAGAUAUUGUUGACAAAGAAAUAAAAGCUUAGGAAAAAAAAAAAUGGUACUAAUACAAACAAAAAAUAGAAAAAUAAUAUAAUACAGCUGAUAUAGUUAAAAUUAGGAAUAUUAUUCAUCAAUCUCUAUAGCCAUACCACAAAGACUACACAAGUUCUCCUAAAAGUAGUGAAAUCGAGGCUUAUUUUAAGAGAAUGAGAAAAAAUAAUGGAUAUGACCAAUGGGGAAAAGAAUCUAAAACUUCAUUCUCUAAUUUUUUGUGGUUACCUGCAGUCUUCUCAUACUCUGAAAAGAAUAAUAUGUAUGAAGUUCAAGGCAAAUUAUUUCAUCCUCUUGAAUAAUGUGCUGAUGUGGUCAAAUUAAAAGAAGAAUUAGGCCAUUUAUUGACUUAUUUCUCAAAACCUCUACAAGAAACUCAUAACUAUUUCAAAACUUUACAUUAUAAUCUCAUGCAUGAUUACUCUGAAUCUUAGUUUUCGGAAAUUUAUGAUAUUAAGUCUAAAGUUGAUUUCUCUUAAAAGAUUCAUGCUAUAGUCAAGAUAAGCGAAAUGGAAAUAGCUCCUAACAGCACUUAUUCAGGUCAAUGGCAUGUUGAAGGGUAUUCAUCUGAUAACAUUCUUUACACUUGCCUUUAUGUCAUUGAAUAAGAUGAAAAUUUAACUAAAGGAAAGCUUAAAUUUAAAAGAACUCCUCGCUCAGAUGAUUUUCCAACUCCUACUAAUUCACAAGAAUAAGGUGCUCAUUAGUAUUGUCCUCACUAUGAAUAUUUAUGCGAUCCUUAUAAACUUAUUCCAUUAGGUUCUCUUGAAAUAAAGGAAAAUUUAAUGAUUAUUUUCCCUAACUAAAAUAUCCACAAAGUAAAGGGGAUCAAAAACAUGACUGACUAGCCUCUCAAAAGAAAGAUAAUAGCCUUUUUCAUAGUUAAUCAUGAAGAUUAACCUUUUACUGUUAACGAUGUCGAAUUCACAAAGCCAAUUGAAGUUAUAAAAGAAUACAGAAUGAAAGAUAUGUAUGAAAGAUCUAAAAACAAGCAGACAGAAGCCUAAUCUUUUGAUUAUUGUGAACAUUGA